AUUGACUUAGUUGUAAGCGGAUUAAGUGAUAUAAACGUAAUUUCAAUUAUCCAUUCGGUCAUGACAAAAAGUCUGUACAAAAUGACUUUUGAACGGUCACUUUGAUCAGAAAUAAUUUGACAACUGGUCUGUUUUGGUGCUUGAGAAAUGACCGACCGGUGGGAAUCGGCAUCUUUUCUGCGCCAGAUUUUUAGGAUUCCUGCCGUGUUUGCGGUUAAUAGUAACUAGUGAGUUAGGUGGUCGAUUCGGCAGUUCUUGCCGUUGGUAAUCGACAAGCCAAAAAUGGACACGGAAACCAACCAAUCGGUACACAACACAUGCUUAUGAAUAACCUGGCGGUCGAUCGUGACGAGGCCUACGCCGCUACUUUGGCCGCUCACGACGUCGCCGAAAAGUGCAAGUCGCUGGGAAUCACCGCGCUGCCCAUUAAGCUGCGUGCCACCGGCGGAAACCGCACCAAAACCCCGGGACCGGGUGCCCAGUCAGCGCUCCGUGCCCAGGCCCGUUCGCCCAUGAAGAUUGGCCGCAUCGAGGACGUGCCGCCGAUCCUGUCUGAUUCGACCCGUUUAGAGGGAGGUCGCCGCGGUCGUCGUCUGUAAAGAGUGGGAGUGCUCGGGCUGGUAUUUUUGCGUCGCGCUGUGCGAGUUUCCAAUUCCAAUUCGCUAGCAGAGUUCUUAAAAGAGGAACUGUAUCGUGGUGAUGAUACAGAGUGCAUUACGUAUCAUCAACGCGCUUUCGACCCAUAGGCCAUCGCUGUAUACUUCUUGUUGCCGCAGAGUAAUGACGGCGACGGCAACGGAGACAUUUAUAGAGGGUUGAUACAUAACUAAGAAAAGAACUUAAUUUUAAGUGUUUUUAAUGUAAUAAAUUCAUGCAAUAAAACUCAAUUUACAAACGGUCGUUUUGAAAACAUUUUUUUUUAAUUGUUUAAAACUCUUGAAUCAUUGAUCGAGAGCUACACCAUCACGAGGUGCACACAGACUAGGCCACUUCAGUGAACCCUGAAAACCAUACUCUCCCCUUUGAAACCUUCAGCCUCAUAUCGUGGAAACAUAACCUUCAGUGACUAUAAUUAUCAAAACCAUGUCAAAGGACGACUUGUAGAAAGCCAGUGGCGAACAGCGACCGUUGGACCUUUUCCCGCAAUAUGUGGAGAGAAGAUCACUACCGUACAUUUAGCACACACUAAUGCCUG